UUACGCACACUCAUCUGCAGUGUCAAAGUUUAGAGUUCGGGUAAAGGUCGUGUUUUGAGUUUAUUCUCCUUUACAAACAAUGGCUUCCAUAAGUUGGUUAACAUGCAGGCGGUUUUCUCGGCUCGUGCGGCGGCCGCUGCUGCUGCAGUAUGUUUGGGCUCCAGCGCGAGCACUACACCGGGGGAGCGCGCGACGUGCGGCGGAGAAAGCCCCGCUGAACAGAUCACAAUCAUCACCGGAGCAACAGUACUUCACAGCGCUAGACAGAGCUGAUGCGUUGAUGCUGAGGAAGUCUCAUGAAACAGGAUUUUUGUCCUGGUUCCGGAAUGGUCUCCUGGCAACAGGAAUUGGUGUUAUUGCGUUUGCACAGAGUGAAGUGGGCCGAGAGGCCGGACACGUGUUCUUCAUCCUGGGCGGAGUGUGUGUGUCGUUCGGCGGAGCGUCGUAUGUGACCAGUCUUCUGACCCUGAGGAGGAUCAUGCUCCUCUCGCGGAUGACGGUGCUGCUCCACGCGGGCCUGGUGUCCGUCGCCGCCCUCUUCUGGCUGUGCGCGGUAUCGCUCUACAUCGGCCGCCUGGAGUUGGAGAUUAUUCACGAGGAGGAUGAGGAAGAGCACAGGGGAGGUGAAGACGGGGAAUGCACCGAAUGCAGUGCGAGACGCGAGAGACGCGGCGCUGAAGAGAAAGGCCAAGACAAGUGAGAAGAGAGGAUACUCCGAGUUCAAAUGGCCUUUUACACUGACCCACAGCCAGAUUUCUGUAUUCACAAGCUGUUUAAACCGCUUUAAGAGAAAAGGAAACUGGUUUGUGGAGUUGGAGCAUCUAUCAACAUAACUGUCCAGUACUCUAGUGCUUGAUUUAUCAGGUCGAGUGAGUGUUUGUGUUUCUAAUAUUCCUUAACAACAGCUGUCCCACUGCGUACAAAGGGUCAGUGACAUAAAUGCAUAUUUUUUCUUUGCAA